CUUCAGUCAGAUCUCUGACGUCGCCACUCUCGGACCCCGGACCGGCUGUCGUCGAUAUCAUUCAGCUGCACGCACACUAGAUCACUCAUCAUCUAAGCCUCACAUUAUUUGUAAGUUGUGAGCAGGAUCCAUAUUCCAAAUUCCCCUCUCCCACAUACCAGACGUGUGCAUUCCAACACUAUAUAGACAACCAUCUCACCACUCAACAAUCUUCUCUGCACAUUUCCGAGUCCAUGCGCUUCUACUUUUCGAGUGUACUGCGAACCCUGUACACUCUCUCAAAUCUCACUCGAACCAGAGCCUCACAGCCAGGUCUACUUCUGAACUCAUCGCCUCACCGCGCCAGCUCACUCAGAUCCAUGCCCAUCCCACUGAUCGGCGGUCUCUUCAGCUCCAAGGCCAGCAGCGACCCCAGCAGCAUGUCGUACCCCGUCCAGAAGACCGACGACGAGUGGCGAGCCGUGCUGAACAAAGAACAAUUCCGGAUCCUCCGCGAGAAGGGCACCGAGCCCCCCGGCACGGGCAAGUUCGACAAGCACAAGCCCUCGUCGGGCGUGUACACGUGCGCGGGGUGCGACGCGCCCCUGUACAAGGCGUCGCACAAGUUCAACAGCGGCUGCGGCUGGCCCGCCUACUUUGACAGCAUCCCCGGCGCCGUCAAGCGCUUCGAGGACAACUCCAUGUUCAUGAAGCGCAUCGAGAUCGUCUGCUCGAACUGCGGGGGGCACCUCGGCCACGUCUUCCAGGGCGAGGGCUUCCCCACCCCGACCGACGAGCGCCACUGCGUCAACAGCGUGAGCCUCAACUUUAGCCCCGAGGACGCCCCUGUGCAGAAGGCUGGUGGUGAGGAGGGGAAGAAGGAGUAGGGGUGUUGGUGGCCGUGGUCGUGUUUUGUAUGUGUGUUGUGAGUGAGUGUGUAGCCGGGUAGCCAGAAGCGUUUGCAUUGAAUCCAAACUUGGUCCUUUUUCUUCUCAGCAUCUCAUGUCACAAACUCAAAAAGUGCAAAAGGUAGAAUGCGACAGCAGAAUCUUGGUGGUAUUCCUUCGAAGACAGGUGCUGUUCACUCUUUAUAUACAUCUUGCUGCUGAGCUAUAUACAGUUCAAGUUGUGCUCAAAUCUCGUCUAAACAUCUCCCCCGACCCCCCAAAAUAGCGGCUCCGACCUGAAAGACGUCGCCAGCUUCAACCUUCCCGUCCUCAGCAGGUGAAGGUCGCCGGACCCGGGUUCGUAUAGGAGGUCGGGACCGGGUAGUUGAUGUUGAUGAGGAUGCCGGGGUCCGUGGCGCUGUACGCGCCAGGGAACGCGGCCAGGUUCUGCGGCUGCGUGCUGCCGCCGCCGGUGACGGCCAGCUGCCCGCACGAGAGGUAGAACUGCGCGGCCCCCUGGCUCUGCGCGACGUGCAGCGCGAUGUGCUCGUUGCGCAUCAGGUAGUUGCCGGCCGGGAUGCACUUUGGGAUGGUAACGGGUAUCGUGGACUUGCCUGUAGAGAGGUUUAGUUAGUAUCAUGUUGACAUGGCGUUCUCUCUAAUCACAAGCCGCCUGUAUUAGAAA